UUAUGUAGCUGUUUCUGUUACGACAUGUGAACUGUUUUCAGGGCAUUUCUUCUUGUUGGUUUGCGGUCAUUUUUGUAGCUCAAAGCGAAAGAAAGGGACCGUGUUAAACAGAAAUACAUUGGGGAGGCACUGAUCUGACUUUAAACAGGAAAAGGUUUAAUUCACUAGUAUAUAAACAGUCUGGAGGAUUGUCAGGACAAUGCAGACCUUCACAGCCAUAAGAUCAUUUGUUUUCCACUAUCCUAAAACUAUUGCUGUGGUCACAGUAACAGGAGUGGGACUUCUUGGUGUGAAGAAAUGGAUGGCAGGUGGUGUGUGUCGCAGCAGAGCCUCGUUGGAUGGAAAGACCGUCCUGAUCACCGGAGGCAACACUGGGAUUGGCAAAGAGACCGCUGUUGACCUGGCUGGAAGGGGCGCGAGAGUCAUUCUGGCCUGCAGAGACAUGGACAGAGCCAAUAAAGCUGCAGAAGAGGUGAGGAGGAGGACCGGAAAUGACAACGUUAUUGUCAAGAAAUUGGACUUGGCGUCUCUAAAGUCGGUGCGAGAACUAGCCAAAGACGUCCUGGCGAGCGAAGAGAGGCUGGAUGUUCUCAUCAAUAAUGCAGGUAUUAUGAGCUGUCCAAAAUGGCAGACUGAAGAUGGCUUUGAAAUGCAGUUCGGUGUGAACCACCUGGGCCACUUCCUUUUGACAAACUGUCUGACAGAUCUCCUGAAGAAAUCGUCUCCGAGCCGCGUCGUCAACGUCUCCAGUUUAGCUCAUGAAAGAGGUCAAAUCUAUUUUGAUGACAUACAUCAGGAGAAAGAUUACCGCCCUAGGAAAAGCUAUUCACAAAGUAAACUAGCUAAUGUCCUGUUUACAAAGGAGCUGGCUAACAGGCUGCAAGGUAGCGGAGUAACGACAUACAGCCUUCACCCUGGAAUAAUCCGGACGGAGCUCGGCCGUCACUUCUGGCCCACAAUUCCCCUGUGGAAGAGAGUUGUAUUCACACCACUCAGUUUCCUCAUCAAGUCUCCUACAGAAGGGGCUCAGACCACCAUCUACUGCGCUGUGGAGGAAAGCCUGCAGGAUAAGAGUGGACUCUACUACAGCGACUGCGCCCCUAAAACGGCGGCCCCUCAGGGUCUGGAUGACGAAGCUGCCAAGAAGCUGUGGGAUCUGAGUGCCUCUCUGGUCGGUCUGACAUAAUCACAGUGACAUGGAUGCCGAUCAUCAUCACCCUCGUAGCACCAAACGGACUGCCAGGUGGCCUGAGGAAGGACUGGUGCUCUUUCUAAUGAGCAUCUGUGUAGCUACUAUCAGCUGUGCUCCUACUUAAUGUGACAAAUGAGUAAACAGAGUGAUAGACAUUUAUUCAGAAUAUACAACAAACUACUUGCAAAAAUACUAUGGAUUUCUUAAACAGAAGCAAUGCUUCACAGGUAAGUUACAUGGAAGCCGUAUGAUCUUUAGUUUUGAUUGCCAUUAGCGUGAAAUGACAUUUUAACUGACAAGUUUCACCAAUGUCUGUGUUGACUAAGGGCUAGAAUGUCAUUCUAUGUUACUUGAUUUCAUCACAUAAGAAUAACGUGUGCUUUGAAGGUUUUUGUAACACUGUUAAUAGCAAGUUUUUUUCCUCCUGGGCAAUAAAGUGCUGUUAACAUAGCC